AAAGUUACAUUUUAGCAACAAAAUAAUAAAAACAAAACAAAAAUAAAAUAAAAAUAAAAAUAAAAUAGAAAAUCCCAGACCAGAACCUCCGAAAAAUGUUCAUCAAAAUUAACACACCGGGGAGACAGGAACAGUACACACAUGCAAAACUCAGCAAAACAUUUCGUGUUUAGAUAGUUUUAGUUUUAGCAAAAUCAAAACAAAAACCCAUAAAAUUUUAGGUACAAAUCUUAUCUAAUCAAACAAAAGGAAAAUUCAAAAGAUAAGAAAUAAGUAAUAUUGAGAAAUCUUAACAAAAGAUAAAGAAAGGCAUAUUUUCUUAUCUUUGGCGUGUUAUUGUUCGUUAAAGUCCUGUUUGACAGGAACAACAAAACACACACUCAUUUUGACACCGUUCGUUCAUAAAAAAGAGAACAAAAAUAAAAAUAAAAAAGAAAUCGGUUUAUUAUUCGAAGAAGAAAAAAAAUUAAAAAGGGAAUUAUUAUGAAAGGUGGAGGUGAUGAUGGUGGGAUUAUAGUAGGAGUAGCAGUCAAGAGCAACUGUUGUUGUUGUUGUUGGUUUAUUAUUUUUGAUUUUCGAUUAUUAAUAUUCUUAUCUUACUAUUGUUUUUUAUCUUGCUUCUUUUAUUCUUCUUUCUUGUUCUAUCUUUUCAAUCCUCACAUUGCACACAGCUGUUAUAUUUUCCCCUUUAUUUAUCCAUGUUGUUGUUUUCGUCCCUUGUGCUCUUCCAUUCAUCGUCAUUACGAAAUUGGGAUUUGAUCGCAAGAGAGAGAAAGGCAUAAAGGAUUGGAGGAACAACAUAAGUUCGUUCUCCUGGGGAACCCUAAUUUUUGUUCCUGCUUCUUGUACUUUAGGGGUUCUGCAAUUUCUGGGGUUUUGUGAAGCGGGGAUAGGAAAGUCUCGAUCUUUGAUCGCUUUUCGUCCAUGGAGGGAGAGGCUUGUUCCGAGGGAGAGAAUAAUCGGAAAAGGGGUGGCACAGACGAUGAUAGCAAUGAGAAUAACAACAACAACGACAGCAAUCACGGAAUUAGUAGCAAAAUUGUGAAUUCUAAUGAGGGGCAGAGCAAGCCCAAGCGCCAGAUGAAAACCCCUUUUCAACUUGAAACCCUCGAGAAGGCUUAUGCUGUGGAUAAUUAUCCGUCGGAGACGAUGAGGGGAGAACUUUCUGAGAAAUUGGGUUUGUCGGAUCGGCAGCUUCAGAUGUGGUUCUGCCAUAGGAGGUUGAAGGACAAGAAGGACUUGACGUCCAAGAAAGUGCCACGGAAGGUGGUGGCAGAACCUUUGCCGGAAUCACCUACAGAUGACCCCAUGCUUGGCCCCCCGGAGCUUGGUAAUGAGUAUGGAUCCGGGUCCGGUUCAGGGUCCAGCCCUUAUGCCCGAGUGGAGCCCCUGAACAUUGUUCCCCGGGGUGUGCCUGGUUAUUACGAGUCCCCACGGGCUAUGAUGGAGAGUAGAGCAAUUGCUUGUGUUGAGGCGCAGUUAGGGGAGCCGUUGAGGGAAGAUGGACCAAUUCUAGGAGUAGAGUUUGAUCCAUUGCCACCAGAUGCCUUUGGAGCACCUUUAGGUAUACAAAAAAUCAUAGAAACUUGUGAUUCUAUCUUGACCUGCUGAAUUAACUGAAUGCUUCUGUUUCUUUAUAUUGUACAU